AUGGCCUUUUUCAACUGUGAAAGCCAUCUACAUGUCACCCUCCAAAUAAUUCACAGCACAUUCACUGCCAAAAUUGACCUGAAACACACUGAUGACCACAUACCCUAUCAUGCUACACAACUUCCACCAGAAGCCUUGGAAAUGAUUGCCACCAAUAAGGAGAAACUGCUGAAAGAUGUCUGGCAAGAUGUUCAGGAUAAAUUUCCUAAUGCAUCAUUCAGCUGGGAUGCAUCACAUCUGCCAACAUUCUUCAUCAGCAAAAGUCCAUUAUGCUCCGGAGCAUCAAGAGUGGCUGGAGCAUGUGGGAGACAAAACAGCAGAUUGGUCACUCCUGGAGCCAAUAGUGUUCUCCUGGGAGGGGGUUCAGGAGCAGCUGGGAGUGGUGAGAAGUAUGCAAUGUACCAGGAGCAGUGGGAGGAAAUUUUUGGUCUCUAA